AUGAGGGUUUUGGUUGGGCUGUUUGCUGCCUUUUCGGCGGUCACAUAUGCGAAAUUGGUUCGCGACGUAUCGCAUACGGCUUUCGACCAAUUGCUGAAGGACAAUGACCUUGUUCUCACUGCUUUCACAUCGAAAACACUCGAGUCGUUACAGUCGUUCCAAUUGAUGUUCGAGCAAGCGUCAAAGGAUUCAUACACGCCAUUCACGAUCGUAAAUUGCGACGAAGAAGUGGAACUUUGUAGGAAAUACGACGUAAAUGCUUACCCAGCAAUUCGAUUGUUCAAGAAAAGCGCAGAACCGGGGGGUGGAGAAGAAUCAAAUACAGGGGAGCCAGAAGUUGUGCGAUUCCGAGGGAAGAAGACGAAGAGCGCCAUCGAUUCAUUCCUGACAAAACAUGAACUCCCCGCUCUGGCACACGUGGGUCCAAAAGAAUUCACAGACUUCAAAAAGAUAGACGACGUUGUUAUCGUCGGUUACCUUCGACCGGACCAAGACUCGCUGCUCGAAACACUGCGUAGUGUUGCCGAGCGAUAUCAGUUUAAAUAUGUAUUUGGAUACGUAACGGACACUGCGUCUGCAGAUGCAGAGGGUCUCGCGAUGCCGGCUGUAGUCGCGUACAAGAAUCUCGAUGGCGACAGCAGGGUAAUGCAAGGUCACUUUAAGGAGCAAGAUCUCGAAACAUUCCUCGACGGUGUCAGCGAUCUGACUAUCGGAGAGUUCAGUGAGCGGGAGAUUGAGAAUUACAUGGUGAAAGGAAAACUGACCGUCUACCUAUUCAUUCAAGACGACGAUUCAGCAAGGCAGCUGCGUAUAGAGCUCACGCCCCUCGCGAAGAAGUAUGCCCAAUAUGCCAACUUCGCAAUUACAGACGCGAUCGAGUUCGCACCCAUGGCGGUGAACUAUGGCCUCACGGAGAAUGUGUAUCCAUCGCUCGUUGUGCACGCUCCCAUGAACGAUCAUGUAUUCCGAUACCGGCAAGGGAAGAGGAUCGAGACAUUGCGGGUCGAGGACAUGUUGACGACUAUUUUGAGAUCGAAGGCAGCGAACGGUCAAGUGUUUGGUGGAGAUGCGCCAGAUUUGUAUGCGGAGGAGGAAGAGGAGCAUGUUUCUGAGGGGGACGGACGCCAUGAUGAGUUGUAG